GUACUUGAGAUGAGUUUGGUACUUAGAAAUCUACAGUGCGUCGUCCCCAUUAGGAGAGUCCCGCUGCGCAAGAAGAUUGAGAUUUUGAGAAGCGUAUUAGGAGUGCAGAAGUUUGACCUGGGAGUCAUCUGUGUUGACAACAAGCAUAUUCAGCACAUUAAUAGAAUCUACAGAAAGAAAAAUGUUCCAACUGAUGUGCUUUCGUUUCCAUUUCAUGAGAAACUGAAAGCAGGUGACAUUCCCCAGCCUGACUUUCCAGAUGACUAUAACCUAGGAGACAUCUUCCUCGGAGUGGAGUAUAUCUUCCAGCAAUGCAAAGAAAAUGAAGAAGACUACUAUGACAUCCUGACUGUGACAGUCACCCAUGGGCUCUGCCAUCUGCUGGGAUUUACACAUGACACAGAAGCCAACUGGCUAAAGAUGUUCCAGAAGGAGAAGCAGAUCCUGGACGAGCUAAACCAACAUAUGGGGACCAGGCUGCAGCCCCUGAGCAGGGGCCUCUUCUGA